AUUGCAGAACACUCCCUAUAUUCUCACCCAGACAGGCAAGACGAAGAUCUUGUCAUUUCCCCUCAGGACCGGCUUGAUCAGCCAAAGGUAUUGCGCGGCACCUCUAUCACGAUCUUGGCGAACGCUUGAAGGAGUCCAGCACAUUCACCUACCGACAGUCUUUACCGCCCCACUUCCACCAAAGACUUCACUAGUACCCUUACCGUCACAGAGAUACAUAAGCAUCAUGCCCGCCGCCGUAAUACCGAAAGAUGACGAUCCAAGCACCCCGAUCUUGGCAUUGGACGCCUUUCCUCCUACAGGUGAACCCGAACACAAGAAGUUAAGCUCAUGGGACUUGUUUGCAUCGAUGGGAUCGCCUAAAUUUGUCGUUGCCCCGAUGGUUGAUCAGUCAGAGCUAGCAUGGCGUAUUCUUUCUAGAAGGCAUGGUGCACAGCUGGUCUACACUCCAAUGAUCAAUUCACGAAGAUUUUCGCAAAUGACUGCCUCACAUGGACCCGAACACGAUGUGGACUUUUGGAUAGCAAAAGACAAAGCAUUACAGGAAGAAGGAGCACAAUCGAUAGAAUUCAAGCCCGGAGAGAGCAGUGCGGAAUGUUUGAAGAGUAGCAGCAUCGAUACUGAUGAGCCUGUGAUUGUGCAAUUCUGUGGCAAUGAUCCCGAACUGCUCUUACAAUCCGCCAAGAUUGUCGAACCUUACUGUCAAGCCGUUGAUUUGAACCUGGGGUGUCCCCAACACAUCGCCAAGAGAGGCCAUUAUGGAUCCUUCUUGCAAUCGGACUGGCAAUUGAUCUUCCGCUUGAUCAAUACUUUGCAUAUUAAUCUCAAAGUUCCCGUUACUGCUAAAAUGCGAGUCUUUGAUUGCGUGGACAGAACGGUAGCAUAUGCUAAAAUGUUGGAACGUGCUGGAGCGCAGAUAAUCACAGUGCAUGGUCGAACAAGAGAAAUGAAAGGUCACAAUACAGGUUUGGCUGACUGGCAAAAGAUCAAAGCAGUCAAAAACGCAGUCAAAGUACCUGUUCUAGCAAAUGGGAAUAUUCUUUAUCACGAAGACGUCCAAAGAGCAUUAGACAUAACAGGAGCAGACGGAGUGAUGAGCGCAGAGGGUAAUCUAUACAAUCCCACAAUCUUUGCCGAAGCACCAACUUCGCCUACCGACAUGUUUCCACUUUCGCCCGCUUUUCCAUUCCCUCGACUCAUCAACCUUAUACGGGAAUACCUGGACAUUUGUGAAAGAUUACAUACUCCAACGGCUGGAAGUGCAAUCAAAGCACAUCUGUUCAGGCUUGCAAGACCUGCUCUGGAAGUUCAUCGAGAUCUGCGGCCUAUGCUUGGACAAGCAAGUUUAGAUCUGAAAGCGACAGGUAGAGCCCGCUUCAAGGCUUUCUACGCAUUUGUAGAUCGCUUGGCAGAGCUUCUAGAGGCAGACGAGAAGAUGUCGGAUUAUACUACAAAGAUUGCCGAAGCACAAGCGCAGCAAACACCCACAUUCUCCUGGCAAGCGGCUACUGGAGGCAAUGAUCCCAAUUACGUGCCUCAUUGGCUCGCACAACCAUAUUAUAGAAAAGCUAUGCCACCAAAAGAAGAAGUCGGCGAAGCUGCUGAAGUACGGAAGGAGAAACGCAAGUUGCGAUUAGAGCAGACUGCUCUUUUGUCGAAGGAGAAAGGUGCAGCAAACUCCGGUGGCUUGACGACAAUCAAUGAUAUCCAAGCACAAGACGAAGAAAGUACGAUUAAAUCGGACAAAGUUGCAACUGAUGCAGAAUCGAAUAAAAGAGUGAGAGACGAUUAUGAGGAUGCUCAACGAUUGAAGACAGAGGCAAAUUCUCUCUUUGAAAAGUCAAAUUACGAUGAAGCCAUUUUGAGAUAUACGGAUGCGCUUGGUAAUCUUCCGCCGCGGCCAAAGAAACGUGAAAGCGAUGAGAACGAUGAAGAUCAGGAAGUCGAAGCAGUUCAAGAUGAAGAUUCGGUAAAAGCACGAAAAUUACGUUCAAUUAUUUAUGCAAAUAUUGCCGCAUGUCAUUCCAAACUUGAACAACACAAAGAAACCGUGAAGGCGUGUAAUGAGUCACUAAAAGAUGAUCCAGACUACGUCAAAGCAUUACACAGAAGAGCUCAGGCGAACGAGCAAAUUGGGACUUGGUCAAGCUUGACAUCUGCGAUGGAAGACCUCAAGCAAAUACAAAGCUUACCUCAUCCACCUUCUUUACACGCAUCUCUUCGAACAACCAUCGCACGACUACAGCCAAAGAUUGAAGAAACGAGUGCACGUGAAAAAGAGGAAAUGAUGCGUAAAUUGAAAGGUGUUGGAGAUAGCAUGUUAGGAUGGUUCGGCUUAUCGACCGACAAUUUCCAAUUACAACAAGGUCAAGGGGGUGGAUAUAGCUUGAAUUUUGUAAAUAAUCCUAAAAAAUGAAAAUUUCAUGAAUUCAAGC